GACUGGCUCUCCCACGGAAGUGUGCUUUUGCGCACCGGAAGCCACCUUGGGGUGAGCCAUGGCGGGUUUGCCAGUGAGAGACCCUGCGGUGGAUCGUUCUCUGCGUUCUGUGUUCGGAGAAAAGGUGCGUGGAAACAGAGCGUCCCUGUUCCGUGCUGCUUCUCCUAGCCCAAAAAUACAGAUUUUAUUCUGAAGCCAUCGACCCCCAUAUCCACUUCCCGCCCUCUCAUAAACGUGUAAUAUGGCUUGCUUUUUACUUGUAACGUUUCAUCCAACCAUAGUGGUAGCGGCCACCUGGCAUCUUGAGUGGGAAACAUCCCUUAUGAAGCUACUGAAGAACAGCUGAAGGACAUCUUCUCUGAGGUUGGGCCUGUUGUGAGUUUCAGAUUGGUAUACGAUAGGGAGACAGGAAAACCAAAGGGCUAUGGCUUCUGCGAAUACCAAGACCAAGAGACAGCACUUAGUGCCAUGCGGAACCUGAAUGGGCGUGAAUUCAGUGGGAGAGCACUUCGAGUGGAUAAUGCUGCCAGUGAAAAGAACAAAGAGGAACUGAAGAGCCUUGGCACUGGCGCACCUGUCAUAGAGUCACCUUAUGGAGAAAGCAUCAGCCCUGAGGAUGCCCCUGAGUCCAUUAGCAAAGCAGUUGCCAGUCUUCCACCAGAGCAGAUGUUUGAGUUGAUGAAACAAAUGAAGCUCUGUGUCCAGAAUAGUCCCCAGGAAGCACGAAACAUGUUGCUUCAGAAUCCACAGCUGGCUUAUGCUUUGCUGCAAGCACAGGUCGUGAUGAGAAUUGUGGAUCCUGAGAUUGCCCUGAAAAUUCUGCAUCGCCAGACAAAUAUCCCAACGCUGAUUUCAGGCAACCCUCAGCCAGUUCAUGUCGCCGGGCCUGGCUCAGGACCCAAUGUUUCAAUGAACCAGCAGAAUCCUCAGGCCCCUCAGGCUCAAUCUUUGGGUGGAAUGCAUGUCAAUGGCGCACCUCCUAUGAUGCAAGCCUCUAUGCCAGGUGGAGUUCCAGCCCCGGUGCAGAUGGCAGCUGCUGUACCAGGACCAGGCCCUGGUUCCUUAGCCCCUACAGGAGUCAUGCAAGCCCAAGUCGGAAUGCAAGGAGCUGGACCAGUGCCCAUGGAACGAGGACAAGUGCCAAUGCAAGACCCCAGAGCAGCUAUGCAGCGGGGAGCCUUGCCUACCAACGUCCCAACUCCUCGUGGUCUUUUAGGUGAUGCUCCCAAUGACCCGCGGGGAGGCACUUUAAUGACCGUAACUGGAGAGGUAGAACCUAGAGCUUACCUGGGACCACCACCACCACCUCAUCAGGGCCCACCCAUGCACCAUGUUCCUGGGCACGAAGGUCGUGGACCGCCUCCACAUGACAUGAGAGGAGGACCCUUAGCGGAGCCAAGACCUUUAAUGGCAGAACCAAGAGGACCCAUGCUAGAUCAGAGGGGCCCACCUUUGGAUGCCAGAGGUGGAAGAGAUCCCCGAGGAUUAGAUGCACGGGGGAUGGAGGCUAGAGCCAUGGAAGCAAGAGGACUGGAUGCCAGAGGACUGGAAGCUCGUGCCAUGGAAGCUCGUGCCAUGGAAGCCCGUGCCAUGGAGGCUCGUGCCAUGGAGGCCCGUGCUAUGGAGGCUCGUGCCAUGGAGGCCAGAGGCAUGGAUACGAGAGGCCCAGUACCUGGACCUAGAGGACCUAUGCCUAGUGGAAUCCAAGGUCCCAAUCCAAUGAACAUGGGGGCAGUUGUUCCCCAGGGAUCCAGACAGGUACCAGUCAUGCAGGGAGCAAGCAUGCAAGGAGCAAGCAUGCAAGGUGGCAGCCAGCCUGGUGGCUUUAGUCCUGGGCAGAGCCAAGUCACACCCCAGGAUCAUGAGAAGGCUGCUUUGAUUAUGCAGGUCCUUCAGCUCACUGCAGACCAGAUUGCCAUGCUGCCUCCUGAGCAAAGACAGAGUAUCCUAAUCUUAAAGGAACAGAUACAGAAAUCCACUGGGGCACCUUGAAAGGUACUCAAAAAUAGCUGGCAACAAAUGGGAAGUGUAAUUCCAUAACAUUGUUGAAAUUUUGAAAACAUAGUGACGUCUGCAUCCUAACCUCCCCGGAUGAAGCCGAUUGGUGUCAGGUGGAGGGCUUGCGUCACCAUUUCUCCAAAGGAAAGCAGUUCAUUCUGUCGUUGUAGUGUGUAUAUGUUCUGUGACAUUAAAUAAACUUUGAACACAAGUUUAACAUACUACAAAUUGAUAUACAUAAUCCUUUUGCUAUUAAGAAGCUAACAAGGAUGUAAGCUUAACUGCAACAUCCUCUUUUAAUCUUCCAUUGCCAUAGCUCUAUUCUUACUUUAGCAUAAGCAUUUAUUCUUCUUAAUGAUACUUGAGAAUUUUUCUGAAACAAUGUUUUCAGGAACUUUGGGUUUUGUUGAAUUUGCUUUCAGUAAAGUAAGAACACUUUACCCCUUGAAAACUUUCUAGAGUCUCAGAGUUUUCUGGGAGAAAAAAAACCCACGUGGUUAGAACUAAAAAUGAUCAGAAGGCCAACAAGUAAAGAGCAUAUACCACAGCAGUGUGUUUGGUUCAAGAAAUGCCAGUUACCAAAAUGUGUUGUCUGGUCAGUAGCAGGUCAGAACAUAUAUAAGAUAAAGACUAUUUUGGCACUGGUAUGAGUGUGUACCAACAACCUAAAAGAUUAUUGUAAAGCUCUUCUGUCUAGGUAGCCAACUUUACAAGUUUAAAAAGCCACCGGUUUUCUACAUGGUCAAAUUUAAUAAGAAAACCAAGUGAACAAAAUAUAUUGCAAUCUUAAAAAAUCCAAAGCUUCCAGCCCUAUCAUCUUAAGUCCAUUCCAAGACUGUCAAACAGAAAACCCUAAAACUUUUACAUUUUCAAGUCUUUUAAGAGGACCAAGUCUAGAGCACAGGACAGCAAAUGGCCUAUUCUGGUUACCUGCUCUUUCCAAGUACUACCUACUUGGAAGGUACUGAGUGCCAUGAGCCUGGGCUAACCUGCAGGUUGCCUUGCCUUUUGUUCUCCCGUAGUGGCGUUAAGGAGGAACAUGGUUUCUCUCCAACAGUUCGGCCUCAAGACAUUUGAAGAGUUGCCUUAAUAAUUAGUAAAUUUUAUGAGCACAAUUAUAAGCUUAUUUGUAUUCCCAGAACCCUACCCUCUCUCUAUAUUAGGAUUAUAGGCAGGUGAAUUAAAAUCACUACUUAAGGCAUAUAAAGCAGAAUAGUACAUUGCUUACAUGCCAAGAAGAAAAAAGCAAAGAUAUUAAAAUUGAAGGAUUUUUCUCCAUAUAUUUAUAAUGAAAAUUUGCUGGAUGUGUCAUACUAUAACCUGUCAAGAAAAGUGCAAAACAACAAGCACUCCUGCCUAGUCCACUCAUCCCCAGUUCAAUCACUAUGUUAAUUAUGCAUGCACUUCAUUGUUUUCAUUACCUUCUCUGCCUACUGCAGAAGCAGUCCUUGAUGUGUGGAUUUGGGCAGCUGUCUUGACUUAAAAGCGCCAAUGUAUUUAGAUGCAGAGACCAAGAGGAAAGUAUUUCUAGUUAGGAACUUGGGUUUUACACAGCCAAUUCCAAAUCAAGGUAACUAAAGCUGAAGUUAUUUGGAAAACAGUUGUCUAAUAGACUCCAUAUCCUGGAAAUCCAGCACAUCUUCCCAAAGCCUCGUUAACUUCGUUUGGUUAGCAGACAUUCAGGUGAAUAAAUUGACAAGAGCAGUGGCAUCCCAAUUCAUCACUAUGGAAACACUCAUCAGUUGUUUGUUCGUUUAAUGUCUUUUUUUUACUGUUGAAAUAAUACAAUUAGCUACUCCAUGUUCAUGAUCUGCCUUUAUUAUGUUCAGACUAAUGACUGAAAAAUGACCCCACUAAUCCUUCAAGCUAUAGGUUCCUAGAUAGUUGAAAACAGAAAUUUGUUCACUCUUGGUCAAUUAAUGGUACAAACUGGAUGGUCUAGUGCUAAGUCUAUAGAUUCAUUCUGCUAAAUGUAUGAGGUCAAUUGUCUGAGUACAAUGAAGUGUGGCUUUUUUUUUCCUCCCAGAAGAGCCUGUACCUUUUCUUGUAAUUCAUCGUAAUUAACAUCCCAGAGCCAGUGUGGUUAUUGUCCUGGUUGAUAGGAAAAAGAAACAUUUUUGUAGGAAAAAGUAACAUUUAGUGGAUGAUUCCUCAUUAAGACCUGGAAAAUAUCCAAAGUUAUAACUUUUUUCUUUUUAUAAUAUGUUCAUAAGCAAACUCCUAUAACAACAACUAAAAAGACAUAAAAGAGCUACUGUUAAAUUAUCCCAUGAUGUAGGUCAGGCCUUUCCAGUUAUUUCAAACAAUACAAAGUGACAAUAUGGUUAGCUUCUAACUAUAGUACAAAUUGGAUUACAGUUAAUAUACUUAAGAUAUUACUAGGGAAAGUCAGCAAAAUUGCUCAGUAAGCAAAAAGGAAAGUUCUUUCAGUUAUUUUGACAAAGUAAUGUGUAAAUUGUUGGUCACACUGGAUUAGCUCAUGUGUAACAGUGUACUUAGUGGGUGAUAUGGGAGUGGGAAGCUUGGUCAUUUUAUGUUGUUUAUUUAUGACUACUGUUUAUUGUGGAUUCAAUAAAUAUUUUAAAAGUCA